GCCGUCCCGAGAGGUGCCGAGCCAGCACACGCCGGCGUCCCUUUCCUCACAAAUCCUUCCCAGUCCCCUCCUCCCCCUCCUCCCCCUCCCUCUCCAAAAAGCCAUGUCGACGCGAGCUGCACUCUCCCGCUUUGCCCCAGCCAUCACUCGUGCGCGUAGGGCACCCGCUUUCGCGGCGCGGCGAGCUGCGUUCGUCCGCGGCUAUGCUUCGCAGAGCGAACAUACCCUGACCGUGCGUGAUGCCCUCAAUGCCGCUCUGGAGGAGGAGAUGCUGCGGGACGAGAAGGUGUUCAUCAUUGGUGAGGAGGUCGCUCGGUACAACGGUGCAUAUAAGGUCACCAAGGGCUUGAUGGAUAAGUUCGGUGAGAAGCGAGUUGUGGACACACCCAUCACCGAGAUGGGUUUCGCUGGUCUCGCGACUGGUGCCGCGUUCGCGGGUCUUCGGCCAGUCUGCGAGUUCAUGACCUUCAACUUCGCCAUGCAGGCAAUUGACCAAAUCGUCAACUCCGCCGCAAAAACGCUCUACAUGUCUGGUGGCUUCCUUACAUGCCCUAUCGUCUUCCGUGGUCCCAAUGGUGCCGCUGCCGGUGUCGCAGCACAGCACUCACAGGACUAUGCCGCAUGGUACGGCUCCAUACCUGGCCUGAAGGUCGUCAGCCCUUGGAGCGCUGAGGACUGCAAGGGUCUCCUCAAGGCUGCCAUCCGUGACCCCAACCCUGUUGUGUUCCUUGAAAACGAGAUGUUGUACGGUGUCAGCUUCCCCAUGUCGCAGGAGGCGAUGUCCGACGACUUCGUCCUUCCCAUUGGCAAGGCCAAGAUCGAGCUUGAAGGCAGCGAUGUUACCAUUGUUGCGCACAGCUUGAUGGUCGCGCGGAGUCUGGAGGCGGCUGAGGAGCUCGCGAAGGAGGGCAUCAAGGCUGAGGUCAUCAACCUUCGCAGCAUCCGCCCGCUCGACAUUGAGACCAUUAAGAACUCUGUCAAGAAGACCAACCGACUUUGCAUUGUCGAGGGUAGCUUCCCGGCCUUCGGUGUCGGUAGCGAGAUCUGUGCUCAGAUUGUUGAGAGCGAGGCGUUCGACUACCUCGAUGCACCGGUCGAGCGUAUCACUGGCGCUGACGUCCCUACACCCUACGCGAUCAACCUCGAGGCUCGUGCCUUCCCCGACGCGCCGCUCAUCACGAAGGUGGCCAAGCGGGCACUCUACAGGACCAACUAAGAGGAUCCUUCCUCGCCACGCGCGUGGCGCAGGCUUGGGCGAGGGCCAGCGAGGGUGCGAUCGAUUCUUUGGUUGGGCUGCGCAGACGUGUUAUAACUUAGGGACGCAUCAUGCUAUAUAAUUACACGGCUUGCUGUCUAGAGCACUUAUAGAUCUCCUGCACCUUAC